CUUCGGUUUGUCUGCAUUUUUUUGUGUGUUUGGCGAGCGAGCGUGAACAAAAAAAUCCUCACGUACAAGUUGUCUCACCACAGCACACGGAAGUCACAUUGUCACAAGUUACGGGUUUUUCGGUGCCGACGUUGGAUAUCAACCCAUAGUCCGCUGGUGACGUUGUUCGGUUCGGUUUUGGUAGACGUCCGGUUCCGCGUGUUUCCGUUACUCGUUUGGGUGCCUCGCUCGCUCAGUGUCUAGUGUAAGUGCUCAUUUUGGCAACACAGCCCUGGUCCCCAUCGUCGUCGUCGUGCUGAAAGGGGCCUCGCGAGUGAUAAUUAAAUUACCUCACGGCACGCUUUUCAAAAGCUGGUGUGUGUCUUGACCUACAUUGCCGUCUCUCCGGACCCAAGGAAGCCAACGAGCCCCCCAACACAGUCAAGCUUAGAGACAAAACGGCCCCCUCUUCUGGCGCUUGUUUGAUUGCUUGGUUGGUCGUUGUCGUCGUAGAGGAUACUAAUUACACGACCACAAUCAACAGCAGUUACUCUUCCCCCCUGUCAUCCAAUCUCUGGUAGGCGAGGUGGUCCCUGACGGCGAGUUCAAUUCGCACUGCUCGCGUAUCGGCCGGAAGAGGCAGGAGUGCUUCAACCGGGAAUGGUUGCGACAAUGGUCGGCCGGGCGAUGAUGUGAUGCACGCACCAUGUUCACCUCGUCAACCGUGUUCCCAUGGGUCAGCAGCGAUAUUAGCCACAACGGUACACAAGAACUGUCAUCAUCAUCGUCAUCCUCCUCAUCACCUGGUAGUUACCACUUGACGGCAUCGUUGACAUUGCCGGUCACCUCCAACGGAAGCCGACUGCAAACAUUCCGCCGACAACGACGACGAACCAUAACCGUCUUCGUCUACCGCAACUAUCGUGACCAACCAAGGGGGCUCAAAACGUAAAAAAAAAAACAGAAGCCCACAACCUUCCGCGUGUUUGUCGGGGAUCUUCGGCAGCGCAGCAACGCAACGCGACCAACAUCAAUCAUCCGAUAAUUAAUUGACACAGUUUUACCUCGGGUAAUUUAUGGUCCACCUUUAAACACCCCGUGGGCACAGAGUAGCACUCAUAUCACAUACAACCGACAACAACAACAGCUACUCCAGAAGACUAAAACAAACGGCUCGCGGAGAAAAUGCUAAAGGAUCUCAUAGCGGCCGAAACGGUGACACCUGAAAAAUGUGCCGGAUGUGGGAUAUCCAUAAGAGAUCGAUACUACCUGCUGGUAGCUGACCGGGCGUGGCACAACCAAUGCCUACGCUGCUGCAAGUGCCUCGCCAACCUGGAAACGGAACUCAGUUGUUACGCCCGCGAAGGCAACAUCUACUGCAAGGAUGACUACUAUCGACAUUUUUCCUCCAGACGAUGUGCACGCUGCGGUUCAGGAAUCAGUGCAUCCGAGUUGGUAAUGCGAGCAAAGGAUCUGAUAUUCCACGUGAACUGCUUCUCCUGUGCGAUAUGUGGUCAGCUAUUGCGAGGAGGUGACACUGCCGGAAUACGCGACGGUCGAAUCUUCUGCGGCGAACAUUACGACACCGAUGUGCUAAGUGAACCAGAAACAAUUUCACCACAGUUUUAUCCCGGUGGACAUCAGCCGCUGCAGCCGCACCAACAGCAACAACAACAGUCCCAGCAGCCAUCGCAAAAAGGACGACCUCGAAAACGAAAACCAACACCGCAGUUGUUAGACCCCCAGCAACAACAGCAGCAGCAACAGAAUCAACCUCCUCCACAGCUUGAAUCGAUGGAUGCCGGCACUCCACUUCGAUUAGACCUCCUACACAAAGAGAUGAGCGUGAGCAGCUUGGACCUUUCCUCCUACGAUGGUAGUCAAUCGCCCGGCUCCGGAGGGACCCUCACGCCGAACUGCCGAACCAAACGGAUGCGUACGUCCUUCAAGCACCACCAGCUCCGGACGAUGAAAUCCUACUUCGCUAUCAACCAAAACCCAGAUGCCAAAGAUCUGAAGCAGCUAGCUCAGAAGACAGGACUUUCCAAAAGGGUUCUCCAGGUCUGGUUCCAGAACGCCCGCGCCAAGUGGCGACGAAACGUGAUGCGCCAGGACGGCGGUCUGGUGAACCCGGGUCAACCGCUCGGUGGCCUGCCAUCGAUUACGACCGCCAGUUUGCACCAUCAUCAUCACCUCACCAGUGCCAAUCCGAGCAAUAACAACAGCAGUGAUGGAGACUUGUCGUCCAGCCAAGCUCUCGAAGAGAUGCACAACAUGACCUUCGCCGAGCUGUACUGACACAAUCUGAUGAUCAAGAAUAUGAUUUUGUCCAAUGUGAUCAAGUUGUCGCAGCAUCAAGCUCCACCGAGUUCGUCUCAAGCUCCACUCCAGCAGCAAGAUCCGCAACUGAUCGUUCCGCAGCACUCCGUUGAUUCGAGGGUGGAUUUGAACGCUAACACCUCUUCGGACCCGGCUCUAGGUCCAGACGAUUGCAGUGGUGGUGAAAUGACACCCAGUUGGGGCAGUAUUUAUUCCGAAACCAAUCAUUAGCGGGUGGUUAAUGUAUUAUAAAACACAAGUGCAAAGAUAGGGCUCGGGGUGUGCAAUAGAAUUAACAGGUGAUUAACAUCGACACUAAUUACAUGCCAUAGUUUUCACGUCCAGUUAACGACAAGUGCGCUGUACCGAUAUCACAGACACCAAUCAGGGCCGGCAGGCUGCGACAAAAUGUCUGUCAGUCACGCGAAUUCCGAAA